UAUUCGGCGUUGGAGCACGCGGUGGUCGCUGCUGUGCGGUGCGAAGUGUUGGCUGGUCGCGUUGGUUCUCCCCAUCGUUCUUAUCUAAUACCUGUACUCACGAUUAAUGUCAAGAUGGUGUUCUUGUCUGUAUUCGGCGAGAAGAUCAGGGUGAAUUACCGGUUCAGCCCUUUCUACUACUCUGACUUUACCGACACGCACGGAGCGGUGGCGCCUUGCACCUAGAGCGCUCUAGGUGCGUCUCCCGCGGUGACUGUAGCAGAAGGACUAUUGUCUCAAUCUCGCGUGGUGUCACCAAUCCGUGUGGUGUGAGGUCCGCCAGAAUGGCCGCCGGACGACGAGACGCAGCAAUGUCUCCGCUGCUCAAGUCGUUCCUGGCCGGUUCGUUCUCGGGCUCGUGCUCGACCGUCCUGUUCCAGCCGCUUGACCUGGUCAAGACGCGCGUGCAGGCGGCGGUCCUCAGGGGGAAUAGUCCUUCUGGUAUGGCCACCGUGAUAUGGAGUGUGAUCAAGAAUGAGAGCCCGCGUGCUCUCUGGAAGGGUGUCGUGCCGUCGCUGACCCGUGUGGUGCCCGGCGUCGGCCUGCACUUCACGGCGCUGCACGUGCUGCGCUCGGCGCUGAGCCACCCGCCGUCGGCGGCCGAGGCGCUCGUCAUCGGCGGCAGCGCGCGCGCCCUGGCCGGCGCCGCCACCAUCCCGGCCACCGUCGUCAAGACGCGCUACGAGAGCGGCAUCUACGACUACCGGGGCGUGACGCAGGCGCUGCAGCUCAUCUACCGGACGGAGGGCGGCCGCGGCCUCACGCGCGGCCUCCUGCCCACCCUGCUGCGCGACGUGCCCUUCUCCAGCUUCUACUACAUGUUCUACAGCCAGACGCGGCGCGCGCUGCCGGCCGAGGUGACGUCCGGCCGCUGGUCGGACGUGGCCACGUUCGGCUGCGGCCUGCUGUCGGGCCUGAUGGCCUCAGUCGUCACGCAGCCGGCCGACGUGGUCAAGACGCGCGUGCAGCUGGCCGGCGUGCCCGCCGCCAGCGGCGGCACGCUGGCCCAGGCCGUCAUCCUCAUCUACCAGGAGGGCGGCUCGCGCGCCUUCUUCGACGGCCUAGCUCCGCGCGUACUGCGCCGCACGUUCAUGGCGGCCAUGGCCUGGACUGUCUACGAGCGCGUCUCCAAGACCUUCUAAGCGCGCCGUCGGCUAGCUAGCGAGUGGGAUCGCGUCAUCGAUCGAUCCCAGACGAGACACCGCAGCACGGUGGGGUGACCCGAACAUGCAGUGAGGGACGCACGACUCCCCUGGUCGUCACCCGAGAGAACAAGAUCAGCCGUUCGGUUUGGGCGCGCGGCAGGACCGCGUCGCUAUGACAAGACAACCAAUCAAAGGAGACCAGCCGCUGUGCGGCGGUCGGAGCACAACCAAUGGCAACGCAUGUGCGUCGCGAGCGCCAAUGAAAUGAGGACUAGCCGCUGUGCGACCGUGUUGCUCCGCCAGUGAGAGCGCACCGCUCCUCAGUCUUCACACUGGGAGGAGCGCCGCCGCGGAGCCGCGCAGGCGGAUGGGCGUCGCGCGCGGGGCGUCGACGGCGGCAUCUUGCGCACCGGACCUUGGCUCGAGCGCAGCGCGCGUCUGCGGCUGUGGCGGAGGCGGACUGAUGUGCCUCGCUCUUGCGCCGCGCCAAAGUGCGCACGAUUCAGGCCGGCGGAGGCGAGCGGUGCGCAGAACCCUGUGUUUGUGUGUGGGGGUGGGCG